AUGACAGUUGGCAAGGAAAUUGGGCGAGGUUUAGGUUGGGAGGAAUUAAAAAAAAAGCAAUUUUUUCAAAUGCCUAAAAUUAGUCGUGAAGAAGAUAUUAAAGUAUUCAUUUUCACUCCCAAGGUGAACCGGCAGGUUGAUGACUAUCCCUAUGGAGGAGGAGUUGGUAUGGUCUUAAAAAUUGAGCCAUUAGUAGCCGCUUUGGCUCAUAUUCAAGAAAAUUUUCCGAACAGUUAUUUAAUUUUGCUUUCUCCUCAAGGCAAAAAGUUUAUCCAAACCGAUGUGCCAAGGUUGCUUAACCAAGCCCCUAAUUUAGUUUUCAUUUGCGGACAUUACGAAGGAUUUGAUGAACGGAUUUGA